UUAAACUGCUAUAGUGCUAUGGAUUAUUCUUUCUACGUGUUCUCCUCCUCUUUAUUUUUCUUCAUUCUAACUCUACUUAUCAUCAAGUUCCGAAGCAAAAUAAGAACCUCGAAUUCCAGCAGCGAUGAAAUUCGACAGCUACCAUCUCCACCAUCACUUCCAAUAAUUGGACACCGUCAUCUUCUAGGCUCAGUGAUACCAAAGUCAUUUCAAGCCUUGGCCAAACUCUAUGGCCCUCUGAUUCAGCUUCGUUUAGGUGCCUCAACUUGUAUGCUUGUUUCCAAUGCCCAAGUUGCAAGAGAAGUAAUGAAAACCCAUGAACUCAACUUUUGCUACCGCCCCAACUUCGGUUCCUCUGAGUAUUUUCUUUAUAAAGGGUCGUAUUUUAUUGCCGCACCAUAUGGGCCUUAUUGGAGGUUCAUGAAGAAGCUAUGCGUGACUCAACUUCUCUCGAGUUCUCAGCUUGGGAGAUUCAUGCACGUGAGGGAACAAGAGAUUAAGAAGCUCUUGAAAUCACUUAUGGUUUGUUCUAGUGAGGGCAGAGAGUGUGAUUUGGGUUUUGAGCUUACUACUUUGACCAACAAUAUCCUAUGUAGGAUGGCCAUGAGCACUACUUGUUUCGACAAUGAUGAUGAUGCUGUGGAGAUUCAUGGUUUGGUUAAGGAGUUUUUGGAGGUUGGUGCUAAGUUGAGCAUUGGCGAGGUUCUUGGGCCUUUGGGGAAGUUUGAUUUGUUUGGGUAUGGGAAGAAGCUUGUGAAAAUAGUGGCCAAAUUUGACCGCAUCUUGGAGCGGAUCAUGGAGGAACAUGAACAUGAACAUGAACAUGAUGGUGGUGGUGAUGAUGAGGGAGAAACCACCUUGGACAUGAUGGAUAUUCUCUUAAGAGUUUAUAGAGAUCCAAACGCUCAGGUCAAGUUAACAAGGAAUGACAUCAAGGCUUUCUUCUUAGAUAUUUUUCUUGCGGGAACAGAUACGUCUUCUGUGGCAUUGCAAUGGAGCAUGGCAGAGAUACUAAACCACCCAAUAAUACUGAGGAAGCUGAGGGCAGAGAUUGCUGCAGUGGUGGGGUCAACCAGGAUGGUCAACGAAUCGGACGUUCCAAAUCUACCUUACCUCCAAGCUAUUGUGAAGGAAGUGCUAAGGCUCCACCCAACGGCACCCUUUGCUCUUCGACAAUCUGCUCAAGAUUGCAUCAUCAAUGGUUAUCAAGUAAAGUCUCAAACAAGAACACUCAUCAAUGUCUAUGCCAUCAUGAGAGACCCUCAAUCUUGGGACAAUCCUGAAAACUUUAUACCCGAGAGGUUCUUGGAAACCACACAUUAUGACAUUAUCAAAAUGAGUGUUAAUGAUUUUAGGUACAUUCCAUUUGGGUUCGGGAGGAGAGGAUGCCCUGGAUCUUCUCUUGCUUUAACGGUAAUACAAGCAACAAUUGCAGCGUUGAUCCAAUGUUUUGAUUGGAAAAUCAAAGGGGGAGACAGGGUUAACAUGGAAGAAGGGUCAUCAUUCUCUGCAGGGUUGGCUAAGCCACUACUUUGUUACCCUAUCUUACGUUAUAAUCCCUUUUGAGGUUCCUAUACUAUACAUUACUGUACUUCCCCAAAACAUUAUGCUGUCAACAAAAUCUAGAAUGUCAUGAUGAGAUGAUAUUUUUGGUGACUGAACAUAU